AGCGUUUCGGGCUCAGCGGUUGAAGCGUCGCUGACGCUCGCUCCAGCCCCGAGGAUGCGGCCAUCUACAUGAGCGGGAAGCUGACCUUUGGAGGUCGAUAUGUGGUCUACGAGGAUGGGGUCCUCGGCGAGGGCAGUUUCUCCGUGGUCUACAGGGGCGUCGACCUUGAUACCUCGGCCGACGUCGCCCUGAAGAUCUACAGAAACAGCCAGGAGCGGUCCACCGUGACCAGUUUCCGGCAGAACUUCGAGGCCAUGGAAGCGCUGUGCAGCGCCCGCGGGGAGCCGACCAACGAGACCGUCCGAAGGUCGAGCAAUGGCUCCUUCGAGAUCGAGGCGCUCCGCGAGGAGCUCGAGGCGCUCUCGCCGGGCCGGGCCGCGGCGCUGGACCCUGUGAUAGAGCACACCAACCUCAAGAUGUGCAUCGUCCAGAUGCUCGAUUACUCUCGUGGUAGUGAUGGAAAGCCCGGCAAGGACGAGCACGGAGUGCUCUAUCUGGUCAUGGAGUUGGGGCGCGAGACCCUGAAUGACUGGUUCGGGCAGCUCUCGAAGGAGGGCAAGACGCUCUCCGCCGACCAGCUGCGGGAGCUGCAGUGGACCCUCGUCUCCAUCGUGGCGGGACUCCACACGAAGGGCUUCGUGCACCUCGACAUCAAGCCGAUCAACAUCGUGCGCUUCGGGCUCGGCGCCCGCCCGCAGUGGAAGCUCAUCGACUUCGACGGCGCGGCGCGCAGCGGCGAGAGGAUAGACCUGGACAACGUCACAUUAACUCCGAAGUACAUGCCGCCAGAAAUCGCCAGCACCUUCGGCGACGAUCACAAGGAAAAGAGCGAGACCUCCGCCUCUCCCGCCGCAUGGACGUCUGGAGCGUGGGCAUGUGUGCCGUGGAGGCGGUCUUUUUGCAGCCCAUUCUAGGGCCCUGGUUCGAGGAGUGGCGCCAGGAGACAGGGAGCGAUGACAAGUUCUACCUAUGGCUGGCGGACUUCGACACGGAC